GUAGCAUAACAUUUGCACCGGAACCGGAAGUAAAAGUGCAAAUAAUGUUACAAGGGGAAGACGGGCCGCGAUAAGAAAUGUUUGCCAGAAUGUUCUGUCUUCGCGUGAUACGUACCCUAUCCGUUAAGGUUACAUCAGUCUUGAUCACACUGAGCAAAACCCGUGCUUAGUUACUAUAAGCAUAGGCGUGUUUCAUUCGUCAAUUGUACUCCACAAGUAUUAGUUCUUUACUUGUUUGUAUGCUGAAGUAUAGAGCAACUUACAAUGAAACAAGAGAAGACAUCCCUGACGYCUAGUGCUGCUUUGUUCUUGUCUUUGCUGUGCUUCGUUGGUGUUCUACACGUUGAAUAUAAACUGUAUGCACACGAGGUGUUUUUCCUGAAAGAAAGCAGUUGCCAGAAAACAACGAAGACAGCGGAAGCGGCACAACGAAUACUAAACAAACCUGACAAAGAAUCAAAUACACUGAUAAAGCACAACGAUAUUCAAGAUACAUCUUUAAGGGUUAGAAGAAACAGCGAGAGAAAUUCACUGAACGAUUCGUCCGUCAGUUCUCUCCAAAUUCGUCAACACAUAAAAACAGAACUUACAUCGAUUCUCAAGAAGGAAGGAUGCGGUACCACAAACCUGAGAAUGUGCCUGCGAGGACCCAGGGGUCGCAGAGGGAGGAGAGGACCACCCGGGCCACCAGGGAAGCUGGGACGAACAGGAAGACAAGGCAACAUUGGAAAACAUGGUCCUGCCGGUCCUCAAGGCCCCAUGGGUGUUCCUGGUCCGCCAGGACCUAAGGGAGAUCAAGGUCCUAUUGGUCCCCCAGGUCCAAGGGGACUACCCGGAAAACAGGGCCCUCCUGUCUCAGCCCCUUCGAUUCAUGUCCCUCAAAAGACAAUCACUGCAAAUGUGAGUGACACCACAUGGCUGCCAUGUGUUGCUAAGGGUACCCCACCUCCGAAGGUCACGUGGGUAAAACUGAAUGGAAGUUUUUCUAAAAGACGUCAUGAGGUUCAUGUCAGUGGGAUGUCAAUCAAAGAUGUGACUUCAGAUGAUGAAGGAAUCUACUCCUGUGUGGCUAGAAGUGCUUUGGGUGUGGCACAAGCUAAUGUUACAUUGAUUGUACAGGUUCCUCCAAAGAUAGUACACAUAACCAGUUCACAGAUAGUCGAGGAAGGAGCCAAUGUUACUUUAAGAUGCCAAGCAUCUGGUGUCCCUUCACCUACCAUAACCUGGUCCAAAGCAUAUGGACGAAUCCCGGAAAAUAGAAGCAAAAAACAAACAGGUGAACUAACGAUCACGAAAAUAACGAUAGCAGAGAAUGGGUACUAUGUAUGUGAAGCAGAUAAUGCUUUGGGAAAGAAAAUAUCACGAGUUCAAGUAAUGGUCUUCGAGGCUUUGAUGUUCAAGAUAAAGCCAGUGAAUGAGAGCAGACAUAAGUAUGGAGAAACGGUGGCAAUUCACUGUAAAGUAUCUGGUGCAACAGAGAUUUACUGGGUGAAGAAUAACAAACCUGUACCUGCAUCUAUCAUCCUGCACAAGAAUGGGACUUUGGUGAUACCCAGAUUUACAUUGAAAGACUUGGGUGUCUACGUUUGUCAUGUCAGGAACCCACGUCGUUCUAUGACUGCUCAGACGACUCUCAACUUGCAGAAUCCAUUCAAAUCAUGCAGUGCAAUGAAAGCAAAUUUUUCUAUGAUGUUAUCUGGCAAAUAUUUAAUAAGUCCCGAUGGCUUAUCAUCUUUUAGUGUGUACUGUGACAUGACUGACAAGGGUGGGGUAGGGGUGACUGUCAUCAGUCAUGAUAGCGAGGCUAGAACCUUAGUCAAUGGUUUGGAACCUCCAGGUUCAUACAGACGGGACAUCCACUACACAGGAGUAACUAUGAAUCAGGUAGCUGCACUAACUAAGGUUUCGCGAAACUGUGAACAAUUUGUAAACUUUGAGUGCCAAGGGGAUGUAGCAUUUAUAGCAGACGGUUAUGGGUGGUGGAUGUCACGUGAUAAUGUGAGACAAAACUACUGGGGUGGGGCUACCCCUGGUAGUGGCAAGUGUGCGUGUGGUAUGACCAACUCAUGCCAGAGUAAGUCAAGUGGCUGUAACUGUAAUAAGAUUGGUAGUCAUAGUGAAUGGCACAGUGAUAGUGGAUUACUGACUGAUAAAUCUACUCUACCCGUGACUCAGUUAAGGUUCGGAGAUACAGGUGAUUCACGUGAGAAAGGUUACCACACCCUAGGAAAACUUAAAUGUUAUGGAACCUUGUAAUCCUCCUGUACAUUAAUACUACUUUUGAUGUGAUAACAUCCAGCAGUAUUUAAUGGUAUUUAUGUUGCACACUUAUAGUGUUUGUACUCUACUUGUUACCAAAAAUAUGAUAGCAAAUUCUUUUACUCUU